CGCUAUGAAAACUCAUUCAUCACGAGCUGUAUCCGUAUCAAGCUGAAGCUAGCCGUUAGCUCCGCGCGCUAACCAGAGAUAGGUGUUGCAAACGAUAAGUCGGUUGCAGCGUCACCCGUCACCCGUGCAGCUGUAUCUAUCUAGCCGUAAUAUCAGCUGAUAAAUAUUUCUACCUUGUACGACACUUUCCUGCCUGCUGUACUGGGAACUGAACGUCUCGUGUUAUGGGAGAUACACGGAGGUCAGACGAGCUGUGGGCUGUCAACAGUAAAAAUGUCCGAGUAAAACGAGCCCACCGCCUCUUUGACAGCUGUUUGUUGAUAUUGUAGCACUGAUCAACUUAAAAGUGAAUCAUGCCUGGGAAACUGAAGGCCAAAAUUGUGGCAGGUCGCCACUUGCCUGUGAUGGACAGAGCCAGUGAUCUUACUGAUGCUUUUGUAGAGGUUAAGUUUGGAAACACAACUUUCAAAACCGAUGUGUGUCCCAAAUCCCUCAAUCCUCAGUGGAACUCCGAGUGGUUCAAAUUUGAGGUUGACGAUGAGGACUUGCAGGAUGAGCCAUUGCAGGUCACAGUGUUGGACCACGAUACUUACAGUGCUAACGAUGCCAUAGGGAAAGUUUACAUUGAUAUUGACCCGCUGCUGUGCAGUGAGGCUGCCUCUGUCAUCUCUGGCUGGUUUCCCAUCUAUGAUACAAUCCACGGUAUCCGAGGGGAAAUCAAUGUCCUCGUCAAAGUGGAGCUUUUCAACGAUUUGAACCGCUUCAGACAGUCAUCCUGCGGGGUCAAGUUCUUCUGUACCACAUCCAUUCCACGGUGCUACAGAGCAGUGAUGGUGCACGGGUUUGUGGAGGAACUUGUGGUGAAUGAAGAUCCAGAGUACCAGUGGAUCGACCGUAUAAGAACUCCUCGGGCUUCUAAUGAGGCCCGUCAAAGGCUCAUCUCUCUUAUGUCUGGAGAGCUGCAGAGGAAAAUAGGGCUUAAGGUACUGGAGAUGGGUGGGAAUGCUGUGGUGGGCUACCUGCAGUGUUUUGACCUGGAGGGAGAGUCUGGCUUGGUGGUCCGGGCCAUAGGUACUGCCUGCACACUGGACAAACUCAGCUCCGGAAGUGCCCCCGGCACCAACACGCAUGUUCACCCUAACACAGCCCCUGCCUCCAAUGCCUGCAAUUCCCCUUCUAAGGAUGGAAAGGAGUCUCCCCUUGCCCACGGAUGCCGCUCCACCCACAACAGCCCAGUGCAUUCGGCCUGCAGCUCCCAGAGACUGUCCCAGAACUUCUCUGUCUCUGUUCCCACACUCAUCUUCACUGUGGAGCAAGUGAGACGCAGGCCUGGGAUCUUCCUCUGCCCCAGCUCCCCCACCCUCUCUGCAGACAAUCUGUCCCUUCCUGGUACUGACUCAGCAGGCUGUGUUCACGGCUCUGCCCCCAGAGCCACCACCCUGCCCCCUCCCUUCACCAACCACUCAGACUCUGCCUUGCUGAGAAAGAGUGUGUCCUUCACUGAGGACCUGCUGCUGGCAGCCUCCUCUGGAAUGGGCAGUGGGGGCAGCGCCGGGAAGGAGGCAGGGCCUCUGAAGACCCUACUCAGACAGCAAACGCAGACGGCUCUUGAGCAGAGGGAGUUCCCCUUCUUCACCUUGACGUCUUUCCCACCUGGUUUUCUGGUUCACGUCGGUGGAGUUGUCAGCGCCCGCUCUGUCAAACUACUGGACCGUAUACACAACCCUGAUGAGCCAGAGACUCGCGACGCCUGGUGGGAGGAGAUUCGCCAGGAGAUCAAAUCUCAUGCCAAAGCUCUCGGUUGCCAUGCUGUUGUGGGGUACAGUGAGAGCACUAGCAUCUGUGAGGAGGUGUGUAUCCUGUCAGCAUCAGGCACAGCAGCCAUCCUGAAUCCUCGGUAUAUGCGUGAAGGCUGCCUAGACAUCGGACUCACUGACCACAGGUUUGAUGAGCCGUCUCCUCCAAGCUGUGGGUUCUGCCACAUCCCAUAUGAUGAGAUCAACAUGCCCUUUCCCGCGCAGCUCACCUACUGUUACCUCUGCAGGCGUCAGAAGGUUCCUGAUGUGCUGUUCACAACAAUUGACCUGCCAUCAGAAGCAGCAGUCACUGGGAAGGGCUGCCUUAUCCAAGCCAGACUGUGUCGUCUGAAAAAGAAGGCCCAGGGUGAAGUGAACGCGACGGCCAUCUCCAACCUGCUGCCUUUCAUGGAGUACGAGCUGCACACGCAGCUGAUGAACAAGCUGAAGCUGCGGAGCAUGAAUGCUCUGUUUGGCCUACACAUACAGAUCAGUAUCGGAGAGAACAUGCUCUUGGGUCUGGCUUCUGCUACAGGAGUGUACCUGACAGCCCUGCCGGCACCAGGUGGCAUCCAGAUUGCGGGGAAGACUCCUGGUGACCUGAGCAAUGAGCACCACAUCCUUACUAUCCAGAAAAGGAUCAACGACACCAUAGCCAGGAACAAAGAGCUCUACCAAAUAAACCCUCCGAAAUUAUUUGCCCUGGACCCUGACGUGUUCUGCGGCAUAAACAUGGAGCUGACAGAAGAAGUGGUGGGUUCCCCGAUUCCUGAGCCGAGGCAACGAUCCAGACUUUUCCGCUCGCACUCAGAGAGCUCAGACGAACUGUCAGAACUGGAUCUCUCCCACGGCAAGAAGGAUGCCUUUGUCCUGGAGAUUGAUGACACUGAUGCUGUGGAGGACAUCCACUCCCUCCUUACUGAUGCUCCAACCCCCACAGGCUUCUACAGCUGCAACACUGAGGUCAUGCCUGGGAUUUACAACUGGACUUCAGGAGUUCAGAUGUUUACAUCAGUGAGGGUCUUUAGGUUGAGUCAUGCCAAUCUCACCAACCAAGGCUUGAACAAAAUCUUCACUGACUUGUGUGAGAAUCUGCUAAAGAGUUUUUACUUCAAGUUGCGCUGCAUGAUCCCCUGCUGUUUGUGUCACCUCAACUUUACUGUAGCAGUGCCAGAAGAAGAACUCAUACAGGUCACAGUGACAGCGGUUGCUAUGACGUUUGACAAAGACCAGACUCAGGAAAAGCCAGACAAGCCCGCCACCAGAGGAGUUAUUGAGACUGAAGAACAGCUGCAGUUUCCCUUGGAGUUAUGUGCAGACCCAUCAUCCACCAACAUUCAGCCAUCAUCCAAAAUCUCAGGUGUCCCAGAGAGUACCAACGUGUCAUCCAGAGCUGCCUCCGUUGAUUACGGUUCCUUUGCAGACAGAUGCAGCACCUGGCUAGAGCUGCUUAGGCUGAAAGCUCACACCAUAAGACGAGGAUCAGUUAAGACAAUCUCAUCUUUGGAGCGAUCAAGUCCCGUGCCUGAGGGACGAUCCCGCUCGCUGCGCUCCAACCGCUCGUUAGGGGGCAGUUCGGUCACCGUGGUGAAGAUGACGCCGCUCUCCUUCCUCCCUGGGACACGCAUCAUAAAGUACCUUGGGAUCAUCAACAUGUUUUUUAUCAGAGAGACAACAUCAUUACGAGAGGAAGGCGGCGUCAGUGGCUUCCUCCAUUCAUUCAUAGCAGAGGUGUUCGCGAUGGUUCGAGCCCAUGUAGCAGCCCUGGGUGGCAACGCAGUGGUGUCCUAUAGCAUGAAAGAGUGUGUGCUAAUGGAAAAUCCAAACAAGAACCAGGCUCAGUGUCUCAUUAAUGUGAGUGGCGAUGCCGUCAUCUGCGUCAGGGAAACGGACCCCGAGCUCACCUCCUCAGCAACAACUAUCGGACAGACCUGCACUAGUGCAACAGACGGUGCUACGUGACACACAAAGACACAGAGACCGUCUGAGUGAACACACUCUCUGAGUCUAGCCGUCCAAAUAUGAGUCAUUUAUGUCUGCCUUAAAACUCUGUAAAAGAUCCAAAGGUUUGGAUACAGGUAAUAAAGAACAAGUACUCAUGCACACUGACAAACAUGCAGUCUGGAUUAAUAUGGGUGUGAAGGAAGGAUGUUUCUUUAUGUUUAAAGACAACAUCUGUGCAGGAGACACUAAUAUAACUCUUUCAGUAAUGUGAGUGUUUCAAAACAACCAAAGGACCCCUCUGCAUUAAAUGUUGCCUGUGUGUUAGAUCCGUCCAAAUUGGGGUCACCCAAAGUUUUACAGUAUGUCGGCCAUGCCUUCGUGUGUGGGCACAAGUGACGCUCGAGGCAGCUAUGACUAAUUUGUCCAUCCACAGCUCACAGGAGGAGUCAUUACAUGGCCAAUGCCAAACGGGACACAGUUGCAUACCACCAGAUAAUUUAAAAACAGUCAGAUUCUCAAUCGGUGUUUGACUCUGCUGUGAGUAACUUGCAGAUUAAAGGCCCAUCUGUUCAUUUCAUAGUGGCCAUGUGGUGACUGUGUCAAACAACGCGAGUAUUUAGAAUUCAGCAAAGCCGGUGCUGAUGCUCAAAAUAGAAAAUUCACACAAGAAUGGAAACGUUGAUGCUAGAAACAACCCAGAUGACCCUGUGAUGCCAUUCGGUUAUAAAUAUCUACUUUAUACUUCAUGUCCAGUUUUAUUGUCUCAAUUAGAUUUUGUUGAUAUAUAAUCUUCCUAACCGCUGUUUCAGUAUUGCUCACAGGCAGUAUCCUACAGGUAAUCAGAUUUCUCCAUUAAGUGUCAAAAAUUAUGUCAUCUAUGAUAAUGAUUUAAAAAAAACAGGCCAGGAUUACAGGCAUAUGCACAGAUUUUUGUAUCGCAUGGAUUUUUCUUUAAAAACAGCCAUUACCGUGUAUUCCAGUGACUAUUUUAUAAAUUAAAACUACUAGAAUUUUUAUUGCUUCAUCUAAAAAUGGUCAAAAUGUGUAUGCUUUUUAUACACUUACAUCAGGAGUGAGAGGGCAAAUGGUGAUGGGUAUAAUGUGGCCCUUUGGGGUUUAGCACCAGGGAUGUUUCAUAGGAUAAAGUGAGGUAAUUUUGUGCACUGAGGCCACUCUUGCUUCACUCACAGCUCCAGGAUCAGUUCCUCUCGUUGAUGCUGUCAGUGUCAUAUUCCACACACUUUUGUCAAGCUUCAUCACAUGUUCUGAAUACUUCUACUGCUACUGAUCUGUCCAACAUUUAUGUCUAAUGCUGGAGAAAAAAACAUAACUUCUGGUGUAGGUGCCACCUGAAAAUGAAGUGUAAAUGUUCUCUAUCAGAUUUUAGUAUUUUUGUAAUGUAAAGUUUAUGAGGACUACAGCUUAUUUCGCCUGUGCAAUGAAUCCCUGAUGUUCUGAGUCACUGUGUUAGAGAAUUAUUGAUACUCUAAUCUAUUUGUGUGAUCAGUUUCAUAUGUCUGUGUCUAAAACUUGAAUGUACAUACUUAGAUGCUUUGGCUCUCUGACUAGCAGCAUGCAGACCUACUUUUUAUUGCCAUGAAUCUGUAUGCUUGCCUGGUAAGUCUUGCACAAUAAACUCAGUCAAACAA